CCCCCCCCCCCCCCCCCCCCCCCUGCACUCUCUGUCUCUCUCUCUCUCUUUCUACUCUAAAAAGUCAGCGCCUUGUUUGUUGUCCUCUCUCUCUCUCUCUCAAACCAUUUCCUCUCUCUUGAACAGCUCUGCCAGUGCCAGAGACGGUUUUUGCAGAAGGGAUUUGUGAAGAUUGAGAGUCCAUGGACGACGAUUGGGAUCUACAUGCGGUGGUCCGAGGCUGCUGCACCGCCGCCUCCACCACAGGCACAGCCACGGCCACGGCCACGGCCACCUUACCCUCAGCCGGGACCCUCUCCUCCUCUCAUGAGUAUCUUCAUGUCCUUCCUUUUUGCUCCUCUGCUCCUCCCUGCAUUGGACCUGCGAAGAAGGACGUUGAGCUGCCGGAUCUCUUCGAGGAGCUACACGAGCUCUCCAAGCCCUUCUUUGCUCCCAAAUCUGAGCCUCUUAUCCUGCAGAACGCCGCCGUCUCUCCUCUACCUCUACCUCUACCUCCCUUCGGAAGACCCAGUAAUGGAGCUGGUGGUCGGGUCCAAAUUAAACGGCCUUCUCCGGUGGCCUCUUCCCGCUCCAAAAGAAGCAGGAAGAGCCAGUUCAAGAAGGUUUGUCAGGUCCCGGCCGAGAACCUCUCAUCAGACAUAUGGGCUUGGCGUAAGUAUGGCCAGAAACCCAUCAAAGGUUCGCCAUAUCCAAGGGGAUAUUACAGAUGCAGCAGCUCCAAGGGGUGUUUGGCCCGGAAACAAGUGGAGCGGAACAGAUCCGACCCGGGAAUGUUCGUAGUGACCUAUACAGGCGAGCACAACCACCCCGCCCCCACCCACCGCAACUCCCUCGCUGGCUCCACCCGCCAGAAGCCCGCCACCUCCGGCGAUCCCCCCUCCGCCUCCAACGUUCAUGUGCCGCCUCCCUCUUCCUCUCCUGCCACCUCUCCGGAAGAAGAAGAAGAGGCCAUGCCACAGAGCACGAGCAGAGGCGAGCAUGAUGAUAGCAUGGAGGAUGAUGAGGAUGGCGAGGUGGGUUUAUCUCACAUGGCUCUGGAUGAUGAUUUCUUUGUGGGUCUGGAGGGUUUGCUCGACGACGACCGGGAGGACUGCUUCUUGGAUCGGUUUCCGGCGAAUUUCGGGCUUUCCUGGGACGCUGCCACAAACAGCUCCGUCACCACCGCCGGCGGCAGCUGACUUAGGGAAAGGAACAGCAAGCAAAUUAAAGCAGUUUGUUGAUGUAGGAACACUUUUUUGACUUCUGCGUGAGAGAGAGAGAGAGAGAGAGAGGCAACGGAGCGGAGAUUGCAGCCGCGCGCGCUUUAGUGAUGGAAUCUUGAGCAGCAACAAUGCUCGGUCUUGGGCAAGGCUCCUUCGGGCCAUGGCCACAACUAAACUAGUUGGCUAGGCUUGGAAGCAAGCUGCCAGCGCCUAUCGGCGAGAACUAGGCCAAUCACUUUCCCUAGCGAAGAAGAAAGAGGUUGCUGUACGGUUUUCUAAUUAUCUUUGUACAAUUUAAUUUUAGGGAGAUGAAGAUAUAUAGGGAAGGGCAUGUACGUAGUUGUAGAUGACAAGGGAAUUAAGGGAGGCAAUGUUGUUCUCUGUUUCUUUUGUAAACGUAUAGUCUGUAGAAGUUCAGCUUUAAUCAUAUAUAUCCUUUGAUUCCAUUUCA